UAACAUUUUUAUCUAUAUCCCCCAGAUGUCACAAAUUGGUUUAACCGAAUCCGUUCGCGGUGAUACAAAACGUUUUGAAGUUUGGUUACAAGGACGUCAAGAAGUUCACACUCUCCAAGCACCCACAAUCGAAAUCAAAAACAAAUGGGUGGCAGAAAUCAAACGAGUCCUUCUUAAUCAACUCGAGGAAUUAAAAGGUGAAAAAAUCAAACAAUACGGUUUAAAUCACAGGGGUCUACGACAAACCACCUCCUGGGAUACGCCCAAUAUAAUAACAGCACAACGUACCAUCAGUUGUGAUGCCUCAUCCGAAUCCUCUAAUCGCAAUUCGAAUUGUAGUAGUAGUGAUGAUAAUUGCAUAACAACGGGCCUGCCUAUAAGUAGUAAUUUGUCGAUGACUUCGGCCACAAGCACUACGGAUAAAGAGCACAAUGAGGCCUGUGGCUGGAGUUCAGAUUAUUCGAAUAGUGAAGAUGAAAUGUCAAUGAUUGAAGAUAAUAGCACACCGCGUUUCAUAAACUUCCUAGCACCAUGGUCUACCACCAUUACUACUACUACUACUACUACAACUAGCAGUCAUCAUCAUAAUAAUCAUCAACAUCACGACAGUGGUUCAUAUCCACGCAACAGCAAAUCUAAUUCCAAAUUUUAUGUUUCGGUUGAGCACUAAAUUAAUCCAAAAUAAACAAAAACCAAACAAAUAAUUAAAAAAAAAAACGAACAACUUAAAACUCAAGUCUUGUUAAAAUAAAUUAAACCAAAACUCUCCAAUCCCCCUACCCAAGUGCAAUAAUUUAUAUUAAAAUGUAAUUAAAAUUUAAGAAGAAAAACAAAAACAAAUGAAAAAUUCAAAAUCAAGUACAAUUUUCAACUGAAAAAUGCAGAAAUUAUGCAAAAACAAGGAAAAGUUGUUAAAUUUCUUUUAACAGUAUUUAUUGUUUAAUCAUAUUUUAGAAAAUGAAACUGAAAUUAGUCAAGUCCCACAAGAUAAUGCUCAUAUUUGUAUAUAUUAUUGUGUUUAGAUUAAAUUAAUUGCUAAAAUAAAUAAGUUUAAGA